CUUUCGUAUAGUAGCAGCUAUGAAAAGGACGUGUUUUAUAUAUACCGAGAUAAUUCCUUUACUAAAAAUUCGAAGCAUGUACAGAAGUUUUAUGUCUGUUAACAUUUUUAUUCUGAUGCAUUUAAUUUAAUUUGCAUUUCCCCCGGAUAGAAUCGUAGUGACUUGAUCAGAGGCAAAUUAAUUUUCUUGUGUACAAAAUAUGAAUGGAAGAGAAGAAAUAAUACUCGGAUUAAACUGGAAAACUGAAAAAGAUGGAGAAAAUGAUAAAUACAAAUCAAGUGGACAACAAUGUCGUGGAUUCCAUCUAACCAGAUCCAAAUGGGAUCCAUAUCCGUGGGUCGGUUUGGUGGAAAAUGGAAGUGAUGCAGAAAUGUCAGGAUUAAGACCUGGCGAUUGUUUGCUUGAAGUCGAUGGUGCGGACGUUUUGGGACUAAAAAUGCCAGACAUAGCUUCCUUGAUAGGAAAAAAUAAUAGGAUUAGUCUCCAAGUUUGGCGACGUCGGGCAACUCCAGAAAAGAAAUCUGAAGAUAAUGAAGAGGUAAUAAGUAGUGAUAAAAAAGAGAAAAACAAUGUAGGUGUUUUGGCACUAGAAGGACCCUUGCCAGAAGUAGCGCUCAAGUUGACCAGUGCAGUUUCUGGUGUUGUUCGAGCUCUUGAGUGUCCGAUUUGUCUUGAAACUGCUGCAUCUCCAGUUUCACAAUGCGUCAACGGCCACAUCCUCUGCGUUGGCUGCAGAGCCAAAAGCACCCGAUGUCCUGUAUGUCGCGUAUGUCUAGGACAAGGAAGAUGCCUCCUAGCAGACGUAUGUCACAAGGUUCUCGUCGAAUCGUUCGGGUUCGAUAAUACAGCAUCUAAUGAAAAUGAGUAUUCUCUGCGCGAAAGGCUUUUCGGAUCACAAAAACCUAGUCAGAAGCCACAAAGAAUUUCAGAAAAGCAUCGCUUACCUCCAAGGUCAAAAAAUCUCAUCUCAAGAAUAUUCCCCUCUAUCGGUUUUAAUGAAAAGGCAGCGUCUACAGAAAGUUUACCAGCCACUAGCUACUCUGAUGAAAAUACAGCUUCCACUGCACAAAGGUGGCUCCUUCCUCGAAGAUCCGAUGAGGAGCGCUUGAAUUUGAAUGAUAGAACAAAAUCAGCUAGUACGGGAGAACUUUCUAGAGAAGCUGAUCGUACAGUUAGUGGAUCUUUACACCGAUUAACUACCAAUGGUGAGACUCAUUCUUCCAAUGGACUUUUAAGUGUACCCCAGACGCCUCUAUGGGGUGGUUCCACAGAGUCUAUAACAAGCUGUAGGCUAAAAUGCCCAUUAUGGAAAAAAAAGGGAUGCAAGGAGUUACUCACAGCUGGAUCUAUCUUAGAACAUCUGAAUGGAUCUCAUCCAGGACCGACGAUUCAUUUUCAUCGUGGAAAGGUUACUUUACCUGUUCCUUGCCCGUUCUCUUCGGAAGGCAUUUAUGUUUUACAUCAUGGAGGAGACUUAUUUUUUCUUCAGAUAGAGGAAGAAGCGAUCUGGAUUGCUGCAACUGGAGUGAGUGGUAACAAGUGGGGCUGGAUUUUAAGUGCCAGAGACGACCAUGGAACGGAAGUAACAUUUCGGAAAGAUGUUAUAAGCCUACAAGAAUUCAAUAAUUCGUCACCCCUACUAAAUGCCGUAGAGCUGUCAAAAAACCUCUGCGUUCAAACGAUAGAAAUUAGUCUACUGGAAUUCGGAUUGGAUGAGGGAAUAGAACUAUGAUAAAAACAUGCAACUUUUCAUG